GUCGCCUUUUCCUGCAUCGCCAGGCUCCGCCCGGCCUCUGAGUCGAAUGUCGUGCUCCUGCGUGCAUCGCAGUUGGAUGGAAACAACCCCCUCACAGCAGUUUUAGACGUUGGCCUGCAGAAGAUGCACUUUCAGUGCUUUUCUAAGGUGUAUGUGAGAAUGAUGUGCACUGAAAAAUGUGGAAUUAGAUUCCAGCCUCCAGCUAUUAUCUUAAUCUAUGAGCAUGAAACCAAGGGGAAAAGUCGCCAGCGCAUCAUGCCAGUCCGCAAUUUUUCAAAGUAUUCAGAUUGCAACAGAGCUGCAGAACAAUUAAAGAAUAACCCCAGGCACAAGAGUUACCUGGAACAAGUAUCUCUACGGCAGCUAGAGAAAUUAUUUGGUUUUUUACGUGGUUACUUGUGGGGGCAGAGUUUGGCAGAAACAAUGGAACAGAUUAAACGGGAAACAACCAUUGAUCCUGAGGAAGACCUGAACAAACUAGAUGACAAGGAACUUGCCAAACGGAAGAGCAUCAUGGAUGAACUUUUUGAGAAAAAUCAGAAGAAGAAAGAUGACCCAAAUUUUGUUUAUGACAUAGAAGUUGAGUUUCCACAGGAUGAACAGCUGCAGUCCUGUGGCUGGGACACAGAGUCAGCUGAUGAAUUCUAAUAUUAAACCUAAAAGAAUUUAUUAGGCUACAGAAAAUCCGUGUUUAUAUAAAGAAUGUAGAUUGUUUCUAGCAAAAUCUAUGAAGAACACUAAUAUGUAGGUAUUGGGUCAUAGUUGGAUUGACUGGUACUUUUCUGAAUGACACAUUUAGAGCAUCUACUAUGUAGGUGCAUGAGGAAUAGAGGAAAUAUAGAAUAUAGUGAUCUGCCUUUAAAGAGUUAUAAUCUAACUGAAAGAUAAGUAAAAAACUUGUGAAAAGUUAAUUAACAGUAUUAGGCCAUCAAAACAUGAGGACCAAGUGACUGAUGAAGACUAAAUAGAGUCAGUCUCUAGAUUGCUGUAGGGUAGAAAAGUCAGGGAAAGCGAUCCUUUAGUAAAGAGGUGGGACUUUGCCUGUAUUGGAUAGAAACCCAGUAUAGGAAAAGGAAGGGCAAAGGGAGGUAUGGGGAGAAUUAAUGAAGAGAUAGGAAGUAGA